AGCUCAGACUACUACCUACUACAAUAAAUCAAUUAGAAACAUGCACAGUAAAUAUAAAAGAAUGCAGAAAGCCGAGCACUAAAACGGACACAAACAUGGUGACACGUGAGUUCGGUAAGUAAUGACGCAGUAUUUGUUCUUUGCAUUUAAUAUUAAUAUAAAUGAUAAUAUCUAUAAUAUUUACCCUAACUCUUUUCUCUUUCGCCGGAACUCGCCAGAACUUUCACGUCCUUAACGUAACGUUUCGCCAGUGUAUUUGUGCUGCCGCCACAAAUCCGCGAGAAAAAGCGACACAUUAAUUGUAACUGUAGCCUUAAAACAAAAUACUAUACAAUAGCUGCGUUCGGGGAGACACUAUUUGGCGCUAAAAGCGUAUUCUGUUCUUGUUCAAUUUUCAGUAAAUAACAAGGACAUAACACGUUUAUAGCGCCAAAUAGUGUCUCCCCAAAUGCAAAUGUAAGCGUAUGACUGCGAAUCGCCUAUAGUGCAGGGAUGGGGGACAGUGUUGACAGUUCGCUAGAUUUUCUUCGCGGCAAGAGACCUUCUGCGCAUGCGUAGAGUGACGUGGCAGUCACUCCUGCGGUUAUCAUUGGUGGAUGACGUAGCUGACGCAUGCACAAACUCGAGCCUGUGAGAUUUUGUUCCGCACGGGCCAUCACUGGCCUUUAUGGACACUAACCUUGAACCGAAUAAAUACAGAAGCGUUAACUUCGAUUUGCUGGCGUAUUACAAAAUAUUACAAGAAAGUAGGAAAUUAAUAAGGUCUACAUUUGUUAUUUCAUUUUAGCAACGUUGGUAAAAAUAUGAAUAGUGCAGUGGAUAGCAACUGUGCAAGAGGCUCUUACAAGUCCUACUUAAGGAAUGAUCGUGAAGUGCCACAAUCAACACUACGUUCUAGAGCAAUAGCAGUAGUUACUUCUAAUGUAGAUAACGCACAAUGCAGCCAACAAUUGCAAUUAAACGACGUGACAAUGGACAUGGAACAUGAAUAUCCAUACUCCAUUGAUGUACAACAACAGUCACGUUCAUGGAAUAUUCAUGGAAAUAGUGAAUAUAAUGACCUACUAUCUGUAUCAAGUAGAUCCAAUAGUGAUAACGAAGAAAUGUUGAGUAGAGUAUCGUCAAUUCCAAAUAUUCCAAGUGAGGAAGAAUCCAGUAAUAGUUAUGACAAUGAUACACAAGAUGAUGAUAAUUCAUUUCAUGAAGAUAACUAUGAUAAUAGUGAUAACGAUGCGUUUGAGGAUGCAGAAGAUAUCGAGAAAUUUGAAUACAUCCCAGGAGACAACAAUACUCGAGACUCACUUUAUGAAGGUUCUCGUAUAUCAAAAGAAGAAGGAUAUUUAUUACUCUUGCAUUUCACCAUUCGUCAUCAUUUAAGUGACGUAGCAUUAGAACAUCUUAUUGAGUUGAUAGAUUUGUUACUACCUAUUUUUGUAUUCAGAAAAUUGACUUCUUUACAUGAGAAAGGAAUCAUACGGAAUGUAAACGGACAAAAAAUGUGUAUAAAAAUUCAUACAAUUGUAAGCCCUGUAGAUUCUGUUGCAAGGCCAAUUCUUCAAGAAAUUGUACAAUAUAAUGGACGAUAUGGUUGUUCAUUUUGCUUGCAUGAAGGUCAGCAGGUCACAGUGGGAAGAGGAUCAACAAGAGUUUAUCCGGGAGAUGUAGGCAGUAGUAGAACACUACGUCAACAUGAACAAGAUUGUAAAAUAUGUAUGCAGGGUGGCAAGAUUGUGAGAGGUAUCAAAGGACCUUCUAUUCUUAUGCUGUUACCAGUAUUCAAUAUUGUCACUUCGUUUACGCCGGAUUAUCUUCAUAGUAUUUUAUUGGAAGUCGUGAAGACAUUUACUGAGGCAUGGUUUGAUUCUGCUUAUCAUGACAAACCAUGGUAUCUUGGCACCAAGACGACUAUCUUUGAUAGAAAACUAUUAAAGAUAAAGCCGCCAUGUGAAAUAACGCGAACUCCACGGUCAAUUAAUGAGAGAAAAAUGUGGAAAGGUUCUGAAUGGAAACAUUUUCUUCUCUAUUAUCCCAUGAUAUGUAUGCAAAAUGUAAUGCCUACAGCAUAUCUUAAGCAUUGGUUUUAUCUAGUGUUCAGUAUGUAUAUAUUGUUGCAAGAAAAAAUAACAAACAGAUUUUUCUUCAGCUGAAAUUGCUAUACAACGUUUUGUAUUUCAAAUUGAACAGUUAUACGGUAUACAAUUCUAUAAAUUUAAUGUACAUUUAAUGCUUCACAUACCUUCAUCCGUUAAAAGAUUUGGUGCUCUUUGGGCAACAUCCACAUUUCCGUUUGGGGUGUAUAUCAGUUGGACACGGGGCAA